ACGGGGGAAGUGGCUCGUUUCAAGAGAUGCAGAGUACAACAGCCAGAUGGAGAAUCACACAUGGAACCUGGUGUACUUGCCAAAUGGGAAGAAGGCAAUACAGUGCAAGUGGCUGGCAAAAAUCAAGACGGAUGAGAAAGGAGAGCCAUCAAUUUACAAGAGCAGGCUGGUGGCAAAGGGGUUUCAGCAGAAAGAGAAAGAAGAUUACAAAGAAGUGUUUGCCCCAACUGCUAAGUCUCCAACGCUACGUGUGCUGCUGGCGGUAGCUGCUGUGUGUAAAUGGAAGGUGAAGCAGAUGGACAUCGUAACCGCUUUUCUGUACGGCAUUGUGGAAGAGGAGGUGUACAUGGUUCAACCACCUGGCUAUGAGGAUGGAACCGGUCGUGUCUGCAAACUUAACAAGGCCAUCUAUGGCUUGAAGCAGGCCCCGAGAUGCUGGUACAACAGGCUGGCCAGUGCACUGGAAGGGAUUGGAUUCCGUGCGAGUGCAUGCGACGAGAGCCUAUUCCUGAUGAGCGAGGGGGAGUCGCUUGUGCUUCUGCUGGUGUACGUGGAUGACAUCCUGCUCUUCAGCAGCAGUGACAAGGAGAUCGAUGGGGUGCAGCAGAAGCUCACAGAGCAGUUCAAGUGCAAGUCACUUGGAGAGGCAAGGUACUACCUGGGAAUGCACAUUGAGCGGGAUACUGAACGUGGCUGGCUCAAACUGCAUCAGGGACAGUACAUCAACACCUUGGCUGAGAAGUACUCUCUGCAAGAAGAACGGGAAGUGGUUACACCUUUGCCUUCCGAGUUCAAACUCAUAAAGGCAGCUGAAGGAGAAGGAGUUGAGAGUGAAGACCAGAGGCAAUUCCAAUCCAUGGUCAGGAGCCUACUCUACGCUGCUGUGCAUACUCGGCCUGACAUCAGCUUUGCUGUGGGACAGCUGGCUCGAGUAGUGCAAAAUCCAACACAAGAUCAGUGUGGUGCAGCGGAGAGAGUGGUGCGCUACCUCAAGUCAUACCCUACAGUGGGAGUACAGUAUUCAGCCUCUGCUCAACUCCGUCAGAAAGGAGUUGAAGUUCUCAAAGAGAAGGGGGAGCAGCUCGGAGAAGGAAAGGUGUUCCUUUCCUGUUUUGCUGAUGCCACAUGGGCUUCUGAGCAUGAGGAUUCAUCAUCAGUUGGUGGAUACAUCUGCAUGGUGGGAGGUGGGCCUGUAAGUUGGAGGUCCAAGAAGCAGUCUGAGACGGCACUAUCGUCAGUGGAAUCUGAGUACAUGGCGAUGUUUCAUGCAGCAAAAGAAAUCAUUUGGCUAAGGAGGCUCUUGAAGGAGAUCGGCCAUGAACAGACUUGUGCGACACCUCUGUUCAGUGACAGCAAGGGAGCCAUUGCCAUGGCACGCAAUGCAGUUCUUCAUGGGUUGAACAAGCACAUGAGCAUCAAGUGGCAUUGGCUGCGGAAGGAGGUGAAGCUUGGGACACUGGAUCCGAUCUACGUGAAAACUCAGCAACAGCCAGCCGACUUCCUUACCAAGCGGCUAGCUGAAGAGCCACACUGGCGCUGUGCGAGAAUGGCGGGAAUGUCCUUGAACUAAAGACGGCGAAACAAGCCGACAGUCUGAGGGGGAGUGUGUUGGUGCAUAUUCGUUUGCACGUCAUCCUGUCGUCUGUUCGCAUCAUUUCGUUGCAUGUGUUUUGUGUGCUACGUUGUUUAUAUGGUUUGUUGGGUUUGCAUGUCUUUGCAUUCUCAUCUUGUGCUUGUGCAGAUGUGCUUGGAUUGUGCAUAACAUCGAGCACAUUCCAACGAGCCAAGAAUUGUUGGAAUCGGAGCACAUAUGAAGAAGUUACGAAGAAAUGUUUGAUGGAUUUGUUACAACUCAUUGGAAGUCCUUGGCAGCUGCUACACCAAAGUUGGAGAGCCCUAAAACGAGGAGGGACCAGCAUGUGUGGGACUUUUGUCCCCACCUUGCAGCUGCAGCAUUUGGGGUUUGGAGACCAACCUGGCACAGUGUGAAUUUUGUCUUGCCAGGCUGGCUGAACCUGAGGAUGGGGAGUCAAGACUUUGACUCUUGUCAUGUUCUUGACCAAGGGCCUCCAGGGUCCUUCCCUUUCAUCCUUCCCUUCCCACCCCACCUUUCAACUAUGCUUCAAUGCCUUUUCCAUCAUGUCUCUAAACUUGUAAGCUUCUAUCAUAGUGACUCUGAGGACUGUCAAUUUCUCCUAGGGCAGAUUACCCCGCAGUUCGCCAAACGCCAUAGCUCACUCGAUAAGCUACGGAAUCGAGUGAUUCAACUUUCAGUGGAAAGCUGACGCUGCAAGCUACAACAUAUCCGAUUUUCAGAUCGUUUCAUCGAUUGGAGUUUUGGAUAUAGCUUUUCGA